GGAAAGAAAAGCAAAGAAGACAAACCCAAAAAUAAUCUCAGCAGUAGAAGAAGACGAGCACUAACAGUUAGCUUAUCAAGCAGACGUAGUUAGCGUUAGCCGAAAUCUAUCCAAUAUCUGGCUAGCGACGGUACAGGUGUGGAAGAAAAUCAUAUGCUGCGAAAAAGAGGGAAGGUCUUAUUAAACAAUUCCCCCCUUUCGACAACAUGGAGAAACAGUUACAUUUGAACCUGUUAGGUUCCAGACCUCCUAUGGCAGGCGGUUAUCAGUCCAGCUCUAAAAUGAAAAUGGGACCUGGACGGAAGAAGGAUUUCUCCCCCCUGCCCUGGAGUCAGUAUUUUGAAACCAUGGAAGAUGUUGAAGUGGAAAAUGAAAAUGGCAAAGAUAUUUUCAGACUUUACUGCAGCGGUUCCCAUGGUCCUGUGCUGCUCUUGCUCCAUGGAGGAGGCCACUCAGCACUCUCCUGGGCAGUGUUCACUGCUGUCAUAUGCAGCAGGAUCAACUGCAGGGUGGUGGCUAUGGAUCUUCGAGCUCAUGGUGACACCAAAGUGAAAAACCCUGAAGAUCUCUCUGCAGACACGAUGGCCAAGGAUAUUGGCAAAGUGGUGGAAGCACUCUAUGGAGAGAACCCUCCUCCAAUCAUGAUUAUUGGACAUAGCAUGGGUGGGGCCAUUGCAGUUCACACAGCCACUGCCAAUCUUGUACCAUCCCUGCUUGGACUCUGUGUCAUUGAUGUUGUAGAAGGUACAGCAAUGGAUGCUCUCAAUAGCAUGCAGAAUUUCCUUAGAAGUCGGCCGAAGACAUUUAAAUCUCUGGAGAAUGCCAUUGAGUGGAGUGUGAAGAGCGGCCAGAUCCGAAACAUAGAGUCAGCACGUGUAUCAAUGGGAGGACAAGUGAAAAAAUGUGAGGAGUCCACCAGCAGUCCAGGUGUCUCCAAUAUUAGUGAAGGUAUAAUAGAAGAGGAGGAGGAAGAAGAAGUGGAAGAAGAAUCCAACAAGAAAAGAAUGAAGGAAGAGGUAAAAAAGGAAACCAUCUUCACCUGGCGAGUGGAGCUGUCAAAGACAGAAAAAUACUGGGAUGGCUGGUUCAGAGGCCUGUCUGCUCUUUUUCUCACCUGCCCUGUGCCAAAACUGCUUCUGCUUGCAGGAGUGGACAGGCUUGAUAAAGACCUUACUAUUGGGCAGAUGCAAGGGAAGUUUCAGAUGCAGGUCCUCCCUCAGUGUGGCCACGCUGUUCACGAGGACGCGCCUGAGAAAGUAGCAGAUGCUUUAGCAGCAUUUAUGGUCCGGCACAAAUUCACUGAGUUUAAGGAAGGAUACCUGUGAUAAUUUAGUUUUCAGUCGACAUAUAGCCAGCAGCAGCCAUAGGAGAAAUGUGUCAAGACUCAACAUCAUCGUACAAUUUAACAGCAAAUUAAGGAAAAUAUAAUAAGCAUUGUUAUUGUUAUUAUGAUUAUUAUUAUUAUUAUUAUUAUUAUGCUGCUUUUGUUAUGUAGAUAUGUUGCUUUUGCUUUGCCUUAUUUUUUGGGAGUUGAUUGUACUUUAAUAUUUUUUAAAUUUCUAAAAUGUGACUCUCACCUUGUUUAAUGUUAUAUUUUGAGUGAUUGCAUCAUUCUUAAUGUGUUUGUAAUGUUUAAAUUCAAGCAAUGAUUAAAGAUAGAUGCAGCAAACAAUCUCACCAAUGUAUUAAAAGGACAUCAUGAUCAUUUAAA